AUGGCUCCUAUUGUUGAGUCAGAUUCUGAAGAUGAGUCCUUGAAUCGGCCCAAGAAGCAAGUUAGGGGGCGGACAUCCAAAGGCAAGAAGCAUGUCAGGAUUGAAGAAGACUACAACGAGGAUGGCCAUUCUAUGAGUGAGGAUGAUGAGAAUCUGUUCAGCGAAGAUGAAGCAGACUCUGGGCCAUCCAAUGGGAGAAAGAAGAAGAAGCUAGCAAACAAGAACCUUCAAGGCGCGAACGGAGGUUACGCUUGGGAGGAAGACAUCCAGAGAAGUUGGGAUUUAGUUAAGGUUGACGAUGAAGGUAAUAUGGCGGCUUUGGUGUCGAGCAUCAUCGAAGCAAGGAAAAAAAGAGCUAGCAAUAAGAACUUGACACCUUUUCAAAGGGGUAUUAUACGAACUAUGGUUUUGGUGCUUGAUUGCAGCGAUGCGAUGAUGGAGAAAGAUUUAAGGCCCAAUCGAUACGCAAUGACCAUUCAGUACGCAAUCAAUUUUGUUCAUGAGUUCUUUGACCAGAAUCCUAUCUCUCAAAUAGGGAUAGUCUGUAUGAGAAACGAUCUGGCACAGUUGGUGAGUCAGGUUAGUGGAAAUCCUCAAGACCACAUCGAUGCACUUAAGGCGAUCCGGAAGCAAGAACCAAAAGGCAACAGCUCUCUUCAAAAUGCGCUCGAAAUGGCGAGAGGGCUUCUGUUGCAUGUGCCUGCGCACUGUACACGCGAGGUUCUAAUAAUCUUUGGGGCUCUUUCCAGUACGGACCCAGGAGAUAUACAUCAAACAAUUGCAUCUUUAGUCCAAGAACGCAUCCGCGUGCGAGUCAUUGGACUUUCUGCUCAGGUAGCCAUUUGCAAGGAACUUUGCAAACAGACGAACUACGGCGACAACUCGUUCUAUGGGGUUAUCCUCAACGAAGUCCAUUUCAAAGACUUAUUCGCCGAGGCCGUGACGCCUCUCCCAGUGAACAAAAUUAACAAAGGGUUCACUUUAGUUAAGAUGGGCUUUCCAACAAGAGUCUAUGAAGAUAUGCCUUCCUUCUGCACAUGCCACUCUAAACUCAUGUAUGGAGGGUACUUCUGUCCCAACUGUAAAAGCAAAGUAUGUUCACUACCCACUGUCUGUCCUUGCUGUGAUUUGAUGCUCAUUCUCUCCACUCAUCUUGCCAGAUCUUAUCACCAUUUGAUGCCCCUAAAAACAUUUCAGGAGGUCGAUGUUGCAGAGACUUUUCCCACUGACACCUGCUAUAGUUGUCAGAAGCGGUUCCCGCGUCUGAAGAAUCAGAAGACACAAGAGCUCUUAACAAGCUCCAGAUAUAGGUGCGCUGAUUGCCAUCAGGAUUUUUGCAUCGACUGUGACGUAUUCAUUCAUGAAAUUUUGCAUAACUGUCCUGGGUGUGAGUCUCAACCGGGGAUAUGGUGA